AUGACGGACGACGGUAAUCCAUCAUCUUCGAGUCCGCCAAAACAACUUGGCAAAGUUGGCCGGUACCAAACACUUUCGGGAUGGCUACCCCUCAGUUCAGAGAGUACAAGUCCAAUGGCAACACAUGGGCAAGGCGUCUUGACUCGACUUAUCAAGAAUCAAUCGAACGCGUCGUUGGUGACCAUGCGACGCCCAUCUGGAUCGAUUUUAGGUAGAGACUCGCUCGAUGAUGAGGAGCGCCCUCGCAGUGUCUUUGAUGACCGCGAUGAUUUUAGUGAGAGACGUCUGAGUGCCGUUCUCAAUGGUCCCCAGAUGCGCAGUCAACGCCUCAUUGGCAACAGCAAUCCUCGAUAUAAAUGGGAGAGAUAUUGGAAGCCAGAGGAAGAAUUGAGGCAGAUGAAGAAGCCGAUACGCCGGUACUACGAACGAACAAAUACCCUCAUUCAACAAUAUGUUUAUAUCGAUCGUCUACUCGAUUCUUCAAUUCCUCAUGACCUCCUGAAUGAAUACGAACAUAAUGCAGCCAGCGGACGAUUUGCAGUGCCCGCUACGAUAUCAGAAGAAGAACCGCGUACACCCCCAGAAGCAGAUACUCCAACUAGCAAUGGAAACAGCGCUGAAUCUGUGCCGAAGAGAUUAAAACGGACACCCCGAGAGAUUUACAAGGUCACUGAAGAGACGCCACUUCUCCUCUCCGAGGAGGAUAGCGAAUACGAUGGCCCAAAACCCGAAAUCCCCGGCAUGGAGGACGAUAGUGUAGAGAGUGGUGAUAGGAUUGUGCAAAUUGCGAUAUACAUCAAUCUAGUUGCCAAUGCGAUUCUUCUGGCCGGCAAAAUCGCUGUCACCGUGCUAACAAGCUCUCUUUCGGUCCUCGCUAGUCUUGUUGACGCGGCAUUGGAUUUUCUCAGUACAGCUAUCGUAUUUACAACGACUAAAAUGAUCGAACGUCAAGAUCAGUAUUCAUACCCCGUUGGCCGUCGGCGCCUCGAGCCGAUUGGCGUCCUUGUCUUCAGUGUUAUUAUGGUCACGUCCUUCUUCCAAGUGGCUCUAGAAUGUUUCAAUCGCCUCUCCUCAUAUAAUCAUGAAAUCAUCGAGCUCACGCUACCAGCCAUCGUCAUUAUGUCUACAACAGUUUUCAUCAAGGCACUCUGUUGGCUAUGGUGCCGUCUAAUCAAGAACUCUAGUGUCCAAGCUCUUGCCCAAGAUGCCAUGACCGACGUUGUCUUUAACAUCUUUAGUAUCAUUUUCCCCCUCGUUGGCUUCUACGCUCAGCUAUGGUGGCUUGACGCUCUCGGAGGUCUCCUCCUCUCCCUCUUCGUCAUCAUAAACUGGGCAGGCACAUCCGCCGGCCACAUUCGCAAUCUAACCGGCGCUGCCGCAACUGCUGAUGAACGCAACGUUCUCCUCUACCUCACCAUGCGUUUCGCGGGUACCAUCAAGCAAAUUCAAGGCCUGCAGGCCUACCAUGCCGGUGACAAACUCAAUGUCGAAGUCGAUAUUGUGCUAGAUGAAAAUAUGAGUCUUCGCGAUAGCCACGAUUUGGGCGAAUCGUUGCAGUAUGUUCUGGAGUCGGUGCCAACAGUGGAUCGAGCAUUUGUUCAUCAAGAUUAUGCGGGCUGGAAUUUACCAACGCAUAUGCAGCAACAGGGUGAGUAG